AAAAAGAAAAUGUUCAGGCCUGAGCCAGGGGCCCGGGCUGUAAUUCUGUCACUUACCAUGACCUUGGGCAAAGCUACUUCCUUCCCUGGCACAGUUCACAGGGCUGGAACCAACUCCAAGGUCCCUUCCAGCAUGAAUGUUGCAUGGUUCUAGGAUGAGACGAUGGGGACAGUUUCCCCUCUCUCAGCCCAACCCGUGUCCACUUCAAGGUGAAUGGCCAGGGAAGUCACGUGUCCCAACCCCCCAGUUCCAAAGCCCUUGGGGACCCUGCUGUCGGGUGGUGCACGAGGAGGUGAAGGUCAGGUGAAAAAAUCGCCUCGAAGGGUCUUGCCUCAUUUGGGACAGACAUCCGGUUUCCUCUGGGCUCUACCGGGAUUCCAGGGGCUUAACUGAAUGAGUCAUGGGGUCAGGGGGGUUUCUGGGGGAGUUCCCAGCUAAUCAGCUUGGGUCAGGACAGCCUGGAACUUUCGAUGGUGCCUAUCCAAGUGUGGGGUGGGCACUGCAGCCAAGACCCAAUGUCCUUAUCUCAGGUAGGGGCCCUCAGGAGGUCACCCAGACAGGUAGCCUCUGGAGGGUUUGGGGGCAGGAAUGGGGGAAACCAGUUUCUUUCUCUCUUAGAAUGUGGGGGCUUCGGGGGCAGGCUUGAGAAUCCCAAAGGAGAGAGGCAAAGGACACUGCCCCUGCAAGUCUGCCAGAGCAGAGGGAGACCCCACUCAGCCGCCACUUCCCCACAGGCUGCUGCCGCUUCCAGGCAUCUACCAGCGACUCAGCCUUUGUUCAGCUGUUCUGUUCAAACACCCUGGGGCCAUUCAGGCCUGGGUGGGGCAGCGGGAGGAAGGGAGUUUGAGGGGGGCAAGGCGACGUCAAAGAAGUAUCAGAGAUUCCACAAUUUCACAAAACUUUCGCAAACAGCUUUUUGUUCCAACCCCCCUGCAUUGUCUUGGACACCAAAUUUGCAUAAAUCCUGGGAAGUUAUUACUAAGUCUUAGUCGUGGCCCCAGGUAAUUUCCUCCCAGGCCUCCGUGGGGUUAUGUAUAAAGGCCCCCCUGGAGCUGGGCCCCAAAACAGCCCGGAGCCUGCAGCCCAGCCCCACCCAGACCCAUGGCUGUACCUGCCGCCCAGAGCCCCAUGAAGCUGAUGGGUGAGUGUCUUGGCCCAGGAUGGGAGAGCUGCCCGCCCUGGCAUGGGAGGGAGGCUGGUGUGACAGAGGGGCUGGGGAUCCCCGUUCUGGGAAUGGGGAUUAAAGGCACCCAGUGUCCCCGAGAGGGCCUCAGGUGGUAGGGAACAGCAUGUCUCCUGAGCCCGCUCUGUCCCCAGCCCUGCAGCUGCUGCUGUGGCACAGCACACUCUGGACAGUGCAGGAAGCCACCCCCCUGGGCCCUGCCAGCUCCCUGCCCCAGAGCUUCCUGCUCAAGUGCUUAGAGCAAGUAAGGAAGAUCCAGGGCGAUGGUGCCGCGCUGCAGGAGAAGCUGUGUGCCACCUACAAGCUGUGCCACCCCGAGGAGCUGGUGCUGCUUAGACACUCUCUGGGCAUCCCCUGGGCUCCCCUGAGCAGCUGCCCCAGCCAGGCCCUGCAGCUGACAGGCUGCUUGAGCCAACUCCAUAGCGGCCUCUUCCUCUACCAGGGGCUCCUGCAGGCCCUGGAAGGGAUCUCCCCUGAGUUGGGCCCCACCUUAGAUACACUGCAGCUGGACGUUGCCGACUUUGCCACCACUAUCUGGCAGCAGAUGGAAGACCUGGGAAUGGCCCCUGCCCUGCAGCCCACCCAGGGUGCCAUGCCAGCCUUCACCUCUGCCUUCCAGCGCCGGGCGGGAGGCGUCCUGGUUGCCUCCCAUCUGCAGCGCUUCCUGGAGCUAGCGUACCGCGUUCUACGCCACCUUGCCCAGUCCUGAG